GCCUAGAGUGGGGAUGGGGAUUGGAGAAGAUCUGCGUUGGGUGGGCCUUCCAAGGGACCCAUGGAAAAAGCGAGCAUACACUUGUUAGUCGUUCUACCGUGCUUCGCCAAUGACGACCCAAAGCCUCGGCAUCCCCCAACUCCGCCCCACGCUCUCUCUCUCUCUCUCUCUAUGAAAAUGUUGGGUUUUUGUGUAGAUUCUCCCAUCUCUGUAAUAGCGAAGCAAGGUUUGAAAUCAUGAGUAGAAAGGCGGUUGGCGCUGAAACUUCCAGCAAGGGUAGCGAGAAUGAGAACCCUCCACAAGACUCAUUCUUCACCUUGCAAGCAGUUUGAAAGACUCAAUAUGUUUUUGGGGAGUUCAGAGAUAGACUGGAUAGACAAGAUGCUACAAUUGAUGGACUGAGAAGAGGACAAUCCAAUGAAAGGCGGCGAAGGCCACAUACUCCUCCGAUUGCUGAAUUUGAACAUGAUAUAGGUAGCAAUAAAGCGAGUGAUGAUGAACAUGACGGUAUGAGCAGAUUUUCUUAUCGAGGUGCUAGGUAACAGUGGCAACCUUAAUGGGAGCCAAGGGGUCAAGAUAACAUCGAUAGAAACAUCGGAAACAUCAAAAUGAAGAUCCCUCCUUUUCAAGGGAAAAAUAACCCAGAUGUAUACCUUGAAUGGGAGAGGAAGGUUGAGCUCAUUUUUGAGUGUCAUAACUACUCUGAAGAAAAGAAAGUGAAAUUGGCAGUUGUGGAGUUUACUGACUAUGCACUGGUAUGGUGGGAUCAAAUUCUUCUUAGUAGGCGUAGAAACAUGGAAAGACCUAUUGAGACGUGGGCUAAAAUGAAGGUGGUGAUGAGGAAGCAAUCUAUACCAAACCACUACUACCGAGACUUAGACCAACGUCUUCAAAGCCUUACCCAAGGUACCAAAAGUGUGGAGGACUACCACAAGGAGAUGGAGAUGGCUAUGAUUCAGGCAAAUAUUGAGGAAGAUAGAGAAGUUGCAACGGCACGAUUCUUAUGUGGGUUGAACCAGAAAAUUGCUAACAUAGUGGAGCUGCAGCACUAUGUGGAGUUAGAGGACAUGGUGCAUAUGGCAAUGAAAGUGGAGAGACAACUCAACACAAGGGUGGAAACAAGCAUGCUACAACAACGUCGACUUCCCAUUCCACAUGGAAACCGAAUUGGGGGAAAUCAAAAGAAGAAAGGGUUGUUUCCAAAUCCAAGGAUGAGAAGGAGAAAGGCAAAGACAAAGUGGGCAGCCAUGAAAAAGGUGAUGAUUCGAGGAUGAAUCCUUUUGAGGAGAGGGGGAAUGAUAUGAACCAACAAGUUCCGAUUGCACAGGAUGAUCUGCACAUGCCAAGUGGACCCAUCACAAGAGCUAGAGCCAAGAAGGUCAAGGAGGCUACGCAAGGAGUAAUUGAGAAGUUGCUUGAGCAAGAGUCAAUGAGGGCCAUGGAUAUUAAAGAAAAGGACUUUCUUGAAGAGCCUAAGAUGGUAAAUUGUCUUAGGACGUGUGAAGCUGGAACCUUAAGCCAAUAGGGGCUGUUUGGGGAAUUUUUAUUGUUUUAAUUAAAGUAUGGGCUAAAUAGUGGGUCAAUUGUGUCAAUUAAGCAUGACAUGUGACUUGCACAUGUUUUAUUAAAUGACAUGGCACAUGGCAUGUGACUUGCACAUGUUUCAUUAAAUGACAUGACAUGUUUAAGGUUAUGUGGGGCUAUUUUAUUGGCCAGAUUGAUGUCAUAGCCUAUUUUUAUUGGUCAGGUUGAUGUCAUGGGUUUCUUUUAUUUUCUAUAAGUAGCCAACUCUCUGUUGUAUUGAAAAAGAGAUAUUUUUGGCUGAAUACAAUUCCAAGUGAGGUUUAUUUCUCUUCAAGUUCUUCAUUGAACUUGCACUAAACUUAUCAAAGGUGCUACCUUUGUGGCGUUCAUCCAUUAAUUUUAUAUUCUUGGUUUGUGCUUCACGUCAAGCAAUAAGUCAAGGAUCCACUACCAUGUCGAAUUUUAUUUUGGGUUUGGGGUUUUGAUAAAUCUGAUUUGGGGUCUCCGGACGUUUAUUUUUUGGGUUUCCGCAUCACUUCCUCAACUAGUGGGACUUAAGGCUUGGUUUGUUGUUAUUGUUGUUAACCCAAAUGUGGUUAGGUAAUUAGUUUUUUAUUAUGUGUUUACUUUGUUUGUAGUAGGAGUAUGGGUCUUGGGGACUUCUUGUAAUAUUUGUGUAUUUCAAGGGUGUGUUUGUAAUUUCAUGUAUCAUUAGGGGUAUGUGUGUAAUUUAUUAUGUUACAGGCUUUCUUAUAAAUAGUGUGUGAAAGCCAUGUAGGAGUUGGUUAUUGUUGAACUUUAAUUGAGAAUUAACAUGUGUUCUUCUCCCCAAGUGUAUCUCCUUCUGCCGUGUUGCCCCCCUUGUGUCUCCUUCCUUUUCUUCUGCUUUCUUUGUAUCCUGUACUUCUUCUAAUUUCCCUUGGCGGUAGAUCCUUGAUGUUGUUCUGCACCACUAUGUUUCAAAUUUUCCAAGGGACUAUUCCUUGAUGAAUUAUUUGGUUAGGCUGCAUAACCAUGUUACAUUUACAAUAACCAAUCAAAUCAUUGGUUUUUGAGUUUUGAUUGAUUGUAGGACAAGUCAAUUGAAUACUACCCAAAAUCUAAGGAUUUAAUGGGUUGUCUAAAAUGUGAUAUAAUUAGGAUGCCUAAAAUAAUAAUUUUUCCUGUUUCUCUCAAGUCUUUGUCAUGGGGAUGAUCUGCUCCAAUCAAGGCUUGGUGGGCCUUCCAAGGAACCCAUGACAAAGGGUGCCACAGGCAUGCACUCGUUGGCCAUUCCCCCAUGCUUCAAUAAUCACAGUCCAAGCAAUUUUCAUCUUAACUCCAAUCUGGGUGUGUCUGUGCAUGUGCGAAAUUGUUGGAUUUUUUAGAUUCUCACAUCUUUCUUAUAGCGAAACAAGGUGAGGCAAUUCCCACCUUUUCAGGUUUUCUAAUUUAUUUAUUUAAAAUUUCAGAUCAGUGUAGUUGAAUACCCUCUGUGUUUGAUUGCUAGGAAGGUUCUGAAAACAAAAAAAUGAACUAAUGAAUUGAAAAUCUUCUCUAUAUUUUUCACAUUAUUUUGGUUUAAAAAAAAAAAAAAAACUAUGAAAUGAGGAAUCAAGACAUGCUAGUUACUAUAGGAUGCUAAAUAAUGGGUAUAUGAAUUGACAGAAUCUCCUUGCGGCUGUUUUUGAUUGCAUGGGAUUGGGUCUGCUUUGCAUUGCAAUUUUGCUUUGCUUUGUUGAAUUUCAAAAUCUGGAUUUUUGUUAGAUCGGAGAUUUGCAGGUAGAUGAAAUUACACAGAUGCACGCGCAAGAAAAGAUAAGGAGGCGAGGGGGGAUUGAAUUAUCAUUUGUAAGAAACUGUGGGUUCAAUGUGCCUUUGAAGGGAUUGGAGUAGAAGCAGUUAUUGUGAAAUUACUGAAAUCUAAGGUGGAAGAUUCAGCUUUUGGAAUUGGCAUUGCAAAUUGAGGAUUUGACAGUCUCAAACAACUUUGUGUAUCUGACCUGUGUCAACUGUCAACUUGGUAUCAGAGCAGGAUCGCUGUCAGUGCUACUGCAGAGCUGCUAUAAAGGUGUGUCAUGGAAGAUGAGGACCUUUAAAAAAAAGGCAUGCUUUGGUAUGGAGCUGUUGAUUUUCAAGUGAAGCAGGCUUGGCAAGUAUUUUCCAAUCUUGAGGAAGCAUAUGCUGAUAACAUAAACGAUGACGGCAUACUCCAGGAUAACGUAUCAUAGUGUUGCACCACAAGAGCAGGACCUAUGGCCUAUCAGGAAGGCCCUCACAGUGUCUGAUGUAGAUGUCGAUCAUCCAUGCCUUACUUUGCCUCGUCAACCAGUGGAAGAUCACAUCCUCAUGCAUCAAAUGCACCAAGCACAUGAUCAUUUGAGAAAUGCUGAUUUAAUCAAUGUUAAUGCACAAGAUGAUGAUACUGGUGAGUUUUAUGAUAUGAAGUUGAGGAGGUGUGGAACAUACUAUAAACUCAGUGGCAAAUGGGGCAAAAUCAUUCGAAAAAAGGGGUUAGAUGUUGGAACAGAAAUUAGAAUGCGCUGGGAUAAUGGAUGGUUGCACUUCUCAGUUCCUAAUGUGCGGAUUGUGGUACCACAAGAGCAAAAUAUUGCACCACUCGACCAGGACCUAUGGCCAAUAAAGAAGGCUCUCACAUUGUCUGAUGUCGAUGUUAAUCAUCCUUUUCUCACCCUGUCUGGACAGCUAGUUGAAGAACACAUCCUUGUGCAUUGGACAAUUGAAGCACGGGGGCGUUUGAGACAUGAACAGUGCAUAAAUCUUAAUGUUCAAGAUGAUGAUACUGGUGAAUUUUAUGAUAUGAAGCUAAAAAGGUGUGGGACCUAUUAUAGGCUCAUUGGAAAAUGGGGCCAAGUCAUUCGAAAAAAGGGAUUGGAUGUAGGAACAGAGAUUAGAGUUCGCUGGGAUAGUGGAUGGUUGCACUUCUCAGUUCCUGAUGAGCCCAGCAUGGCACCCCAAGAGCCAAGUUUUGCUCCACGAGAGCAGCGUGUUGCACCACAAGAGUGGGACCAGUGGCCUAUUAAGAAGGCCCUCACAUUAUCUGAUGUGGAUGUCAAUCAUCCAUUUCUCACUUUGUCUGGUCAGCUAGUUCGGGAACACAUCCUUGUUCACUGGACAUCAGAAGCACGAGAGCAUUUGAGGCAUCAACAACAAGCAAAUUUUAACGCCUACGAUGAUGAUACUGAUGAUGCUUAUGUUAUGAAGUUGAGGUGGUGCGGGACUUACUUCAAGCUGAUAGGAAAAUGGGGCAAAAUCAUUCGUGGGAAGAGGCUUGUUGUCGGAAGAGAGAUUAAAUUGCGCUGGCAUAAUGAAUGCUUGCACUUCUCAGUUCCUCAAUGAUAGGGGUAUUAAUAAUGCAAAAAUUGAUGGUUCUGUUAUCUGUACAUGAUUUACUUUGUUCUUUAAUUUAUAUACUAUAUUAGUGUUUACCAUUA